CAGUGGCCAGAGUGACCUCAAGAGCGUCCACGGACUCAGGCCUCCGACCAAGAUGCUACCAGAGGAACAGAGAAAUAGAGCCAGCUGAAGAGACCCAACUCCAGGAUUGGGACCUCUGGUUCAGGAGCCCUGGGGAGGAGAGGACAUUCUUGAAGUCCUUGUCCUAGGCUCAGAUAGGGAAGGGAGGGGACACCAAAGCAGUGAAAGAUAAAGGAGACAGAGGAGAAAGGAGAGGUCAGGGCAAUCUUGAGAGGUAGUGAGCUGUCUGUCAACGGAGGCAUUCAAAUGUGUUAAAUUAACAUUGACAACUCAAGAUCCCUUCUGAAGGGGGGAAAUCAAUGUCCAUUUCACAGAAGAGGAAAUUGAGGCUGUCGUUUGCCCAGGACAACCAAGGCAAGAGCUGAGAUCAGGUUGUGCUUUUAGUGGGGAACGAAGGAGGAGGAUUCAAAGAACACUGAUUUCUGGAGAGCAAUGAGUGCCAGAGCCACACGGCCCCGGAGCCGGCGAGGGAGGCAUGCGCCACCUGGUGAGCUGGACCCUGUGGCAGAAAGUACAGAGGAGAUCGAGGCAGCUAGUGGAAGCUCUGAGCUGGGCCCUGUGCCAUCGCAGGAAAGCUGCAAUCCGGAGCUGCUGGGCCCUGAGGAGGAAGAGAGUGAGCAGGGCCUGGGGAGCAGAACCGACAAAGAGUCUGAUGGGGACUCUAACAGGGGCCUGGCCCCAGCCCCCGAGGGCCCUCAUGAGCCUGCAGAAGAAGCCCACCAAGCCCCAGAGAUAGCCCCAUGGGAUGGGGAGACUGUCUCCUCUGGACCUGGAGCCACUGACGUUUUUCAGACUCUCCAGCAUGCUCUGAGCUCGCUGGAGGCGGCAGCUGCUGCCUGGCGCUGCCAGACCCUGAGCUGUCCUAGGCCAAUAGAGGCAGAGGGCAGAACUGAGGGCGGACCAAGGCCUUCAUCUCUGGAGCAUGAUGGGGCAGGAGGCUGUCAGCGGGAGGUGGCCUGUCUGGCUGAGAAGAAUGCCUGGCUGCGUUUGGCCCUGGGCAAUCGCGAGGACGAGCUAAUCAACAUGCAGGCUUCCUUGGAGGCCAUCCAGACGGAGAAGGAGAUGCUGCAAAGAGAGGUUCAGGAGCUGCAGGAUUCCCUGCUGAGGGUGGAGCCCUUCCCACCUCCCUCCUACGGCCAAGCAGGUGGCUCAGGCAGUGGUUCCAGCAGCUCUGGGGCUGACGCAGAGCCCUGGACCACUCAGGACCCCUUCUCCCUGUCUCACCCCCUGCUCCAGCGCCUCCAGAGUGAUUCCAGUGCCCAGAUCCAUGGGCCUCUUCCCACCCAGCCCCUUGCCCCUGAGACACACAUCAUGGAAGCACAGAUAGAGCAGCUCCAGGGGAACAUCCAGAAGCUCAAAUGCUUCAACCGUCUGCUAUCAGCUGUCCUCCAGGGAUACAAGGGCUGGUGUGAGGGCCUCAGCAUGCAGCUGGGCCAGCGGGAGGCUGAGGCCACAGCACUACGUCUGGCCUUGCAGUACAGUGAGCACUGUGCGGAGGCGUAUGCGGUUCUGCUCACUCUCCGGGAGGUGUACUCGGGAGCAGAAGAAGUCCCCAACAGUGACCUGCAGGCAGCUGAGAAGGAGGCUCAGAGGCUGCUGGCCCAAGAGGAGGCUGCCAUGGAUGGAGGGACACUGUGGGGUCCCCAGCCAAGCCCUGAGGGCAGCAGUGUGGAUAGGCCCACAUCACAGGAGGUAGCCACCCAGCUCCGAGGCUAUGUCCAGCGUCUCCAGGAGCGCCGUGCUCUGGUGAAGAUUCCCCCAGAGCCUGGCCCGACCUUGGCACCCAUGCCCACUGUGCCCUGUACAGAAGCCAUGGUGCAGGCCAUUCUGGGGACACAGCCUGGCCCAGUCCUACCCAGGUUGGAGAAGAUGCAGAUCCAGCAGGACCUGGUGGCCACACGGGAGACGCUGGAAGACCUGAUGCUGAGGCUACAGCUGGUGCGGCGGGAAAAGCGGGGUCUAGAGCUGCGGGAGGCCGCCCUCCGAGCCCAGGGCCCAGCCCAUGUGCUCCUGCUGGAGCAGCUGCGGUGGGAGCGGGCACAGCUCCGGACUGGUGGGGCCAACAGCAGUGGUGGUGACAGCAGUGGCGGCGGAAGCAGUGGAGAUGAGGAGGCAUGGUCCCAGGGCCCUGCUGUCCCUAGUGGCAGCGGGGGCACUGGUGGAGGUCAGAUGGGCAAAGUUCAAGAUCCAGAGGAGCUAGCUCAGCAAUUGUCGGCAUCACUCACCCGGGCCCUGGGCCUGCGGGAGCAGCUGCAGUCUCUGCGGGAGGAGCUGGAACAGGUGGCUCAGAAGGGGCGAGCCAGACGUGUUCAGAGUGCUGAGCUGAACAGUGAUUUAUGUAAGGCUCACAGCACCCUGGUUCUGGCCUUCCGGGGAGCCCACCAGAAGCAGGAAGAGCAACGGCGGAAGCUGGAACAGCAGGUGACACUAAUGGAGGCCAGACAGGCAGAGGAGCUGGCUGUGUUAGAAGCCACCGCAAGAACCCUGGGGAGGCCCAGGCCACCCGAUCCACCUUCCCGGCCAGGGGAGACCUUACUGUAGGCUCUGUACCUGGCUGUCAUAAACUGUC